AUGUCGACAAUGCAGAACAUGAAGUGUGUGGUCGUUGGCGACGGCGCAGUGGGAAAGACGUGUGUGCUCAUUUCGUACACGACCAACACGUUCCCGGACGAGUACAUCCCGACGGUCUUUGACAACUACAGUGCCAACGUCAUGGUGGACGGCCAGCCGAUCAAUUUGGGGCUCUGGGACACGGCUGGACAGGAAGACUAUGACCGGUUGCGGCCACUCAGUUACCCGCAGACGGACGUGUUCCUCGUCUGCUUCUCCGUCGUCAGUCGGGCGUCGUUUGACAACGUCACGAUGAAGUGGCUGCCCGAGCUUCGCCAUCAUGCGCCAGGCGUGCCGUUCAUCCUCGUGGGCACCAAGUCGGACCUCCGCGACGACGAAGAGACGCUGGCAAAGCUGCGCGAGAAGAAGCUCGCGCCGAUCAGCCACGAUCAGGGCGAGAGGCUCAAGAGCGAGCUCGGCGCCUACGCAUACAUUGAGUGCUCGGCGUUGACGCAGCGGGGGCUCAAGUUGGUCUUUGACGAAGCGAUUCGAUGCGUUGUUACAAAUCAGCAGAACCCCAAGAGCCACAAAAAGACGUUUAAGUGUUCGAUCUUGUAG